CCAGAAACCCGGGUACAUGUGUCAUGGCAAUUUCAGAAUGGAUACAGACGCUGCAAGACGUUGCAUGGCCGGGAUUUCUUCAACCACACGUUGAAGUUCUUCUACUCUGGAUCACUUGGGCAGUCGAUUAUAUUGAUUUGGACUACUUGGAGUAUCUACUGUGGCUUCUGCUUCCGUUCUUCAUUCUCUUCAUCUUCCCCAUAUUCCUAGUGUUUUUCAUCUACGGUUGCGUGAUUUUUGUGCACAUUUACGGUCAUCGACAUCAAAUUCGCGAGGCCUAUCAUACGAGUUAUUGGGAAGGUGCACGUGUUGCAAUCGCAUCGUUUUGGGAUGGUGUUGGAAAUGUUUGGCAUGGCUAUGAACUACGCGGAAUCGAAAAUGUGCCCGACGAGGGUUCAGCACUAUUCAUCUAUUAUCAUGGAUGUCUUCCACUUGACGUCUACUAUCUAAUCUCCAAACUCGUAAUCCACAAAAAUCGUUCACUUCACUGCGUGGGCGACAAAUUUAUCUUCAAAAUUCCCGGCUGGCGUCCUCUGUGCAAGCUGUUCUCAAUCACGUCUGGAACUGUAGAAGAGUGUACUGAAGAAUUAAAAGAAGGAAAUCUUCUUUGUAUUGCACCUGGUGGAGUACGUGAAGCUCUAUUCUCGGAUCCAAAUGUUUAUGAUAUUCUGUGGGGAAAACGAUUGGGAUUUGCUAAGGUGAUUAUUGGAAGUAAGACACCUGUCAUUCCAAUGUUCACUGAAAAUUGUCGAGAAUCAUUCCGAACUCCUGAAUGGGGUCGAAGCUUCUUCCGAUGGAUUUACGAGAAGACAAAGAUCCCGUUAUGUCCGAUUUAUGGUGGAUUUCCUGUGAAAAUGAUCACACAUUUGGGAAAACCAAUUUAUUUCGAUUUUGAUACGGUUACUCCUGAAGAGGUUCGAAAAACGGUAAAACGUGAGAUUCGAAUGAUGAUUAAAGAACAUCAACGACUUCCGGGUAGUGUUUGGAGAGGAAUAGCCCAGCGAUGGUCAUCCACGUCAUCAAAAAAGAAGAAUUCUGAUGAACCGGAGCAGGCAGUGAGUAUUGAACUCCUACAACGAAACGGAGCAGGAACGACGAGUCCAACGUCAGACUCAGAAGAUAUCGUGGUGCUCCGACGGGAUCGAUCCGGAGUUGAAGAUGAUGAUGAUGAAGUUGAUGAGCUCGGUGGAAUCUAAAUUUUUUUUAAAUCUGAAUACUGUAUUUUUGUGUUCUUUUUGGAUCUCUCUGUGCAUCUAAAUUUCUGUGUAAUUUUCAAUUUUGCAGCUUUUAAUCUCUUUUUUUGGGAGGUUCUCAUUGAAAAUAUCCAGCGGAAAUUGCUACAAUAUUCAAAAAAAAAAAUUCUCGAGAAAUCGAAAUUUCUAGUAGUUUUUGAGCAUUUUCUGUGGGAUUUUUCAGUAAUUUUUAAUGAUUUUUUUUUCAAAAUUUGCAUCCCUGUCCUUGAUCUAAUCAAUAAUUUACAAAUUAUACCCCUUUUUUUCGUAGAAAUUACUUUAUUUUACAAAAAACCCGUCUUAACUGUGAUAAAUGUGUACUUUUCCCCCCGUCAUAAUAAUAAAUCAAAUUUCUAUUAUU